AUGUCACCGGUUUGUUCUUGUUUAAUUCUCCUUCUAUUGGGUGAGGCCGUCUCCGUAAGGAUAUCGAGGAGCGGCGCGGACUCCCCUGGAGAAAAGGCUUUAAUCUCCUCUGAUCAGAUCAAGGAAACUUUUAAACCUGACCAAGGCGCCGCCAAGGGCUUGGAAGAUGCUGUACCGGAAGGAAUGAGUUUGGAGAAUCUGGUACAAGGAGAGCGCAAGUGUCACGUACAAGAUGCCUUUUCAACGUCUCUCAAGCGCUCGAUCGAAGAUGGACCCUUGCACAGGCUAUUCUCUGGCUCCAACAAGUUGAAUGCGGGGCCAGAAAAGUCGCCUGGUUCGGUGGAUGCGCAUUCAGGUUUAGAAGCAAAAACAGUUUUAACAUUGGAUAGUCCACUCCUAAGCGAGUGUAGAGCCAUGGAUAAAGUCUGCAAAGUACCAACGGAAUCCAAAGGUUUAAAAUGCAGUAGUACAGAGUUUGCAAAUUUGGCAAAUACCUAUCUCAAGUUCUCGCUCUGCUCAACCGAAGCUGCCCUCAACCAGCUCUAUCUUGGAGGAUCAGCCAGAAAUGGUAACGAGUUGGGAAAGGAAAAGAUGUUGAGAGGAACAGAGAAUGGAAAGUUUACCUACUCCCUCUUGGAUAAGCGCAUAGAGUCCUUUUCCAAGGCAGCUGCUGAUGAGAAGACACGGGUAAUUUAUGAAAAGUCUGCAAAUGCACUGAAAACACUCCGCACCCUCUUUCACGAUUGUGAAGAGGCUCUAGUAUCUCCACAGGUUCAGCACGUAUUAUUCAACAGGUGGAAGAUGCUCGCAAAAAGUUUGUGUUCCCUUGCUAACGGAUCUGAUGCACUGCUGUCAUCAACAUUUGUGGAUCCUGGAACCCACACUGUUCGCAUGGUGAUUGAUGCCGAAGAGUUUCUAAAUGAGGCAACCAAAACAUUCAUUCAAGCAUACAAACCGUUUGAAGCGUUGCUAAAUACUCUUCAAAAGUCGUUGCUUGCCGAAAUUAUAAAAUUGGCACAAGAUGGCUACGAGAAUAAAGUUUCAGUUUUAACGUCGCUCAUGAAUGCGAAACAUGACUCUAGCGUUGACAAGAGUGCAAUCGAAUCCAUGAUUGGCCUUCCAACGUCUGGAAUGCAAUUUGGUCCAAAUUUGAUUAACCCAUCACUAUCAGAGUCUCUCUUGGAGAUUGACGGUGACGAAAAUGGUCACGCCGACAAGGUGGAUGGGCAUAAUGCGAACGCAGUGAGCAUGGGCAAUAGUGAUGAGAAUGGUGUAGAUGAACCAAAGGUUGCCCGAGAGAAAGACGAGCAAGUCCAGUCCAAGGAGAAGCUAGCUCCCAUCAAGAGUCACGAGGCUGCCCCAGUCAGCAUGCAGCCUAAUGAUCAGUCGGGAGGAAAUGACAAGGAUGAGCACGAAAAGAAUGGAAAAGAUGAGAACAAAGGGGCUACAGAAAAACACGCCACAAUUUCACCGAUUGUGGCAAUCAAAAGUGUGCUUGUUCCCUUGGGAAUCUUUAAAAUCAAGCAAAAUAGUCUCGAGGCAAAGCUUGACGAGGAGGCAAUUGCCAAUGCGGUAAAGAGCGCCCUCUUGGAUAUUGACAGCGAGAGAAUGCUGGGCAAGUUGCUUGUGGCUCCCCAGGCUGCUCUAUACUCAAUUUAUUCCACAAUUGACCAAAUGCUCCUCUCACCGGAAACAAAUGAUCAAAUUGGGGAAAUGAAGAGGGGCAAAAUGGUUGAACUCAAGGGCAAGAUUGUAGACGAGGUGGAAAAGUUUUCACAAACUUUUGAAGGCUUGUAUGAUCAGGUUAGAAGGAGUGUGGCUUCUGCACUGGAAAUGGAGGAACAAGUGGAUGAAGGAUUCAUUUUGGUCUCCAGCUCCAGCGGAGCCAAGGUGUCUGACAUGGACGAAUCCUGCCUCGAAAAGGGCGCACUGGCGGAAAGGAGGCUCUUGCACUUGCAAAUUCACCAGGUUUGUUGA